UCAUCAUGAGUAAUUCAAGAAGAUCCAAACAGCUUGACUUUUCUGGAGACAGUGAUUUGGAGUCCACAGUAACACCUAUCAACCCUCCAGAUGAUGGCGGCCAUGGACAGAUCAUUGAAUCAGAUAGUCUCUCUGACUUCUAUCUUCAUGAGGUCAAACAUAAAAAACACAGGAAAAAAAGACAGGACUAUGAUGUUGAAGUAUCUGAUGAAGAUCACCAGAGUAAAAACAAUAUGAAGGAAAUCUAUAGAGAACUACAGACAAUCAGUAAAAAGCUCAAGGAAGAGAACAAGAUCCUUUAUGAGAGAGAACAGAAGGUGAAGGAAAGAGAAAGGAUGGUGUCUAUCUCCUCUGCCAGUGUACAGACCAUCACAGACCAUGCCAUUCGCCAAAGGAUACAAGCUAUGGAAGAGAAGCACAGAGCAGAGGUGGCUUCCCUGGAACAAGCCUUGAGAGAGAAAGGAAAGGACCACAAACGUCUGAAAGACAACUUUGAGACCCUAAAGCAAGCUAAUGAUGCACUGAAAAAAGAGCUAGAAAGCUUACAAUCUGAACAUGAGAAAUUAGAAAAGCAAGCUAUGAGUGUCCAGUCCCGGCUGACCAACCUACAGAGAAAACAAGAAUUUGCAGAACGUCAGAAAGACUUGGCACUAGCUGUACCAAAACAGAAACCACAGAAAGAUGUUGAGGAAAAGUCUAAAUCAUCCAAGCAACCAAAGGUAACUUUGCCAGUGUACACGUUUGAUGUGAUGGGAGUACUGUUAGAUUGGAUAUGUGAUGCUCACCUGCGAUACACUUUUACUGACCAAUCUUCUCGCCCUGCUGACCGCUAUUUUGCCCCCGAAUAUGUCCAGGAGAAAGUACUAAAGAUAUUACCGUCUUCUGUCGAUUUAUUGCGAGAGUUUCCAGGACAGAAUCUCCGAAUCAGUCUGCCAUGUAUACAGUUCAUCUAUUGGUCACUUGUACACAUAGAACAUGGACCAGGCUCACAGAAGUCCAGUCUAUCCUCAACAUUACGAAGACUUGGAGAAGAGAUGUACCGUGCAAAGACAGUGCGAUUCUCUGACACAGAUAAGAUGUCUGACAGCACGCCAUCUUUUCUGAACAAACCAGACAAAAGCAAAGAUGCUGUGUACUUCAGGAGUACUAACCUUCAUGUACGAAUUCUGUCCUCUCUCAUCAUUUUGAAGACCCUUAGUCAAGUUGACCUACUAGCCCACGUGUUUGAUGUACUGAGGAACGACCUAAAAUCAGACAUUGCUAAGGAGCUAUAUUUAUACUACCAUGCGACUCCAGUCAUCCUUUUGUACCUCAAACCUGUCAAUAAGGCAUUCAUGGGUGCAGCCAUGGACAUAUUCCUACAGAUGUCAUCAGACUCACCUUUCCAGCAGUCCUUUCUCGAAGGAUGUAGUAAUGAGACAUGGUUCAGGACGAUUGCCAUGGUCCUGCGAGCCCCCAGUCAAGAUUACAAAGUUCUAGAAAAGCUCAGUGUUAUCCUACAGAAACUCUCCAAAAUGAAGUCCAAUAGGAAGUACUUUGAAGUGUACACGAUAGUAGCCAUCAUACAAGAACUACUACGGGGCUGUGCUACGGAUCAGGCUUUCCUAGCCCUCAAUCUCAAGUCUAUACUCUUCAAUCUUACUGCAGAGUGCUCUAACCAGAUCUGAGAAGGUCAUAUUUAGCUUUAAGCUGAUACAUGCCAUCAGUCUUAUUACCGAGUGCUCUAACCAGAUGUAAGGAGGGUUUUUAUUUAGCUUUGAACCAAACCAUGCCAUCAGUCUCGUUACUGAAUGCUCAAACCUACGCUGAGGUGUCAUAUUUAGUUUUGAGCUAAAUUGUGCCUUCAGUCUCCUUCCUGGGAGCUAAAACCUGAUAUGAGGACGGUUAUAUUUAGCUUUGAGCUGAAUCAUGCAAUCAGUCUCAUUACCGAGUGCUCAAACCAAAUCUGAAGAGGUCAUAUUUAGCUUUGAGCUAAAUUGUGCCUUCAGUCUCAUUACCGAGUGCUCUCACAUGAUCUGAGAGGGAUUAUAUUCAGCUUCAAGCUGUAUCCUGACAUUAUUCUACUGAGUGCUCUGACAAGAUCUGAUUAGUAAUACCAUAUGCAAAGUAUAAUCCUACAUCCGUCCUUUUCAGUGUUGCCAUCGAAUGCACCACCUACACCUAGUAUAAAAUGUAUCGUUGUGACUUAAUUGUUGAAAUGUAAACAUCACUGCUUAUUGUUGUAUGUCCAUAUUUUAUAGCCAGUUAUCAAGAUUAAUGUUUUCUACUGAUUCUGUUUAUAAACGUUGACUGAAGUCCCACAUUUUGAAUGAAGACAUGCUAGGUAAAUGCUGAAGAUUUUAUAAACAUGUUCUAUUGUAGAGUUCAUUGUCAUUUGAAUGUUGCAUAGUUGAUCACUCAUUAUCAUUGUUAUAAUGAUAUAUUUCAUAGAUCUAUAGGAACUCUCUGCAAUCAUGGGGAAAUUUUUAUUUUUAUCAUGUUUAUGUAACUGAAGGAAGUUAAUCAAAAUUUCUAUGGAGAGAAUUGUUCAAUAUUAAAUGUAUUGACUACAAUACGACAUAAAUGAGAAAUAGAACAAACUUUCAGAUGCAUGCUACAUCGAUUUCUGGCAAACCAUCUCAUUGAAGUAGAGCUUUACUAAGUACAGGUAGUCAUAAAUAACAGUAAAGGGUUGUACAUUCUAGGUAUUAAAAUUCACCAUAUAGAGUUCUACAUCAAUUUCGGGCAAACCAUCCCAUUGAAGCAGAGCUUUACAAAGUACAGGUAGACAUAUAUAACAGUAAAGGGUUACACAUUCCAGGUAUUAAAACUCACCAUAUAGUGUUCUACAUCAAUUUCCGGCAAACCAUCCCAUUGAAGCAGAGCUUUACUAAGUACAGAUAGACAUAAAUAACAGUAAAGGGUUAUACAUUCCACAUAUUAGAAUUCACCGAUUACUGCUCUCUGACCAAUAUUGAAAAACUCCUGAACUGUAUUGAAUUGAAUGUUCCCUGCAUUUUAUUUAUAUAUAUACGUAGUCCUUCAUUAAGUUUUCUUUCCUAAGGCAUUAGGCUAGUGAAGUUUGUAUUGUUCAGUAUUUUCUAGGGGUAUUCUAUUUCUCACUAUGUUAAAUCCUUUGCAGAUAACUAUUGGUAUAACUAUGUGAUACCUUAGAAACAAAGAAACCUGUAGUGGUUGUUGAAGGGUUAUCUCUUAAUAUGUAUUUGUAUGGUCUCUUUUUUUGUUAUGGUCGGACUUUUUUAGGUAUCAGUAUUACAUAUUAGAAAAAAAUAUGUGAAAAUUAUGUAAGUAUUAGGACAGAGUUGGUAGAAAACUUAUUG